AUGAUUAAAAAUCAAGCAUGCAUUGGAAUUUUUGUGAUAUUUACUGCUAAGAAGUUACAUUGGGUGAUUAAAGAUAAAGGUGAGUCUUGGACUGGUCAAUAUUUUCGUGAUAUAAUUUUGGCUGAACACGUCUUUCCAUUCUUAAAAAAUGAAGAAAAUGUUAUCGAUCCCGAUGAAGUUAUAUUUGUCCAUGACAAAGAACCAUGUAUGCGAGCAUAUCAGACCCACCAUUUGCUUCAAGACAAUGAUGUUAAAUUUUGGGGUAAUGAUAUUUGGCUUGGAAAUUCACCGGAUCUCAAUGUGGCAGAACAUAUUGGAACAAUAAUCAAGGAUGAAAUUGAAAAAAAGAUGUUAUCAGAACCUGGACAUUCUCGUUAUCUUGAAGAAACACUCAAAAUGCACAUUUCAGAUGUUUUGAAAAAGAUGCAAACCGACACUGAUUUAUUUGAAACUCUUCUAUGUUCGUAUCCAUCUCGACUACGUGCAGUAAAGAACGCUAACGGUCGUCACACUGAUUAUUGA